AUGAGGACUCGAUCAGCGCCAGUGUCAAAAUCAAAGAAGUCUGAAGACGAGACAAAUGCCAAAACCCUCGUUGCCGCAGAGAAACCGAGCAAAACAUUCAUCCUUCCAUCCUCAACCAGCGACAAUGCGCGACUCGUCUCCCUACCGAAUCCCCAGUCGGGAGAGCUAACACGCUACUUCUUCUGCCCGGAUCGCGGUAUAUACGAAUUUACGGUUGUUGCACCACCGGCGCAUAUGGCGCGGAGUAUCCUGUUCACGCCUCGCACGCGUGAAACCUCCAAUCCACUGGACGAAGAGAAGAAAGACCCCGAACCCUCCGCGCAGGGUUCAAUCACAAAGAAGGCAGAGUUCCUGGUGGCAACUCCGAUCGAUGCACUGUUUUUCAUGGUUCCAUUGUUAGCACCUUCCUCGAAAUCAGGCCGUUCUCUUUUCCAGCCAUUCGACGAUAUAAUUGAUUCCCAAGACGAUAUGCCAAAGCAUCUGCGCCAAGUCCUUUAUGAUGAUGAAUUCAGAGACUCCCUCCUAGCACGGGCGGAAGCUAUCUGUGAAGUGGUCCAGGCUGGUGAUGAGAAGAUGUUCCGGUUCAAUGAGACAAGGCUUGUCCAGGAGUUGAUCACAAAGGCAGAACGUAUGGCGGAUCGGGGUCUUCCUGUUAGUCUGGAAGAACGGUUUGUUCGUCAGGCACUAGCCACGCCCUUGAUGUCGGUCAAACGAGAAGAUGUUGCGACUAGCCAGGAGCCAUCGAACGAAAGCCAGGAUUCGGCCUCGAAAUCCGAGGUGAGGGACAAUUCACCCUCGACUGUGGCUACAACUGCGACCCCGUCUAUUGGGACACCUGCAGGGGAGUCGACACCUGUGCCUCAACCACCGAGUGAAGAGUCGACAGCUUCGGAUCACACUACUCGGCUCCUCCGAAUUUCCACUGCACUAGCCUUCAUGAAAGAAUCAUAUCUGCCCGCCACCAUGGCCUCGAGACUUGAUGAGAUCCUCGAGUCUGCAGAGAGCCCUAUCGAUUUCAAGCCGCUGAAAGACCGUCUCAAGGAGAUUACGGACCUUCGUGCUCAAGCCCUCGCAUCACGCGACAUGUCCAACUUCACCCGGAAACGAGCCCUUGAUGAUGAGGAAGAGGAUAUACGGGGCGAGAAGAAACGCCGCAAGGAUGAGGCGGAGAAAAAAUCCAAGGCUGCAGAAUCCCAAGCAGUUAAGAAGCUGAAAAAGGUCAAUACGAGCGGGAUGCAGAAAAUGAGCUCUUUCUUCGCUAAGGCCGCACCUAAGAAGAAGACUUGA